AUCCAACAAUAGACAGAAUGGCAUCAUAUAGGAUUAGUGCGACACUUAGGGGUCAUGAACAGGAUGUGAAAAGCAUUGUUUCACCGUCCAAUGAUACCAUUGUGUCAGGACUGAGAGACGGCACUGUUCGCAUUUGGUCGACUCAGAAUGGAAAGUGGACCAGUACAGAAUCAUCUGAUACUUCAAUUAUAGCAUUUAGUUCACCAACUGCCAGCUUUAUAAAUUCAGUGGAGUUUGUUAAUUUGAACUCUCAUGAACCAUUGGUAGCAGCAGGAAGUCAAGAUGCUAUGAUUUAUUUAUCAGAUCUAACUAUUUCCGAUUUAAAACCUGGGGAUGAUAUUGGAAAAUAUCAAUUAAUUGGUCAUGAAGGUAACGUAUGUUCUUUAAAUUAUAGUCAUGAAGUAUUAAUAUCCUCUUCUUGGGAUUCAACUGCUAAAGUAUGGGAUUUAAAUUCAUUUAGUAUUAAGUACGAUUUAAAAGGUCAUGAAUCAUCAGUACUUGAUGCCAAAGUUAUUAGUUCCAAUAAGUUCAUUACAUGUUCUGCUGAUAAAUCCAUACGUAUUUGGGAGGGAGAUCAUGAAAUUUCUCGAUUCAGUAAUGCUCAUAACGAUGUAAUUCGAAAAUUGUUUGUAUUUACUGAAAAGCAACAAUUUGCUAGUACUUCUAAUGAUGGAACAAUCAAGAUCUGGGAUUUUACUGGUAAAGUCUUACAAACGUUAUAUGGUCAUGAAUCGUUUGUUUAUGAUAUUAAUGAAUUACCUAAUGGAGAUUUGGUAUCUACUGGUGAAGAUAGAACUGUAAGAAUAUGGAGAAAUGGUUCACCUUUACAAGUUAUUACUUUACCUUGUAUAUCAGUAUGGAGUGUGGCUGUAUUGUCUAAUGGGGAUUUUGCCGUGGGAGGUUCAGAUAAUCUUAUAAGAGUUUUUUCAUCUGUUGAAGCAAGAAUUGCAAGUGAAGAAGAAUUAGUUCUGUUUAAGAAAGAAGUAGAACAAUCAAGUAUUGCAGAACAAUCUUUAGAUGAUUUAAAAAGAACAGAUAUUCCGGGCUAUGAAGCAUUACUGAAGCCAGGUAAAACUGAAGGAGCAACAUUAAUGGUUAAGAAUGUUGAUGGAGGUAUUGAAGCUCAUCAAUGGUCAAAUGGUGAAUGGACUAAAAUUGGAGACGUUGUGGGAUCUUCUAAAUCUCAAGGUUCAAAGCAAGUUUAUCAUGGUCAAGAAUAUGAUUAUGUAUUUGAUGUUGAUAUUGAAGAUGGGGCUCCUCCAUUAAAGUUACCUUAUAAUGUCAAUGAAAAUCCUUAUGUUGCAGCAGAAAGAUUUUUAGCAGAUAAUGAAUUACCAUCUAGUUAUACUGAAGAAGUAGUUGAAUUUAUAAACAAAAAUACUGCUGGAUUUAAUCUUCAAGAACAACAAGGAUCAGAUGCUCCUAUAAUUGAAAAUCCAUAUUCAGAUAGUUAUCAAAGAUCUCAUCAAAAGUCUUCAUUAUCAGUGAUUCCUGAAAAGACUUAUAUAUCAUUUGUUGAUUAUAAGGCUCCACAAUUACUUAAUGGAUUAAAGAAAUUAAAUGAAGAACAAGUUGAAAAAAAAUUGACCACUGAAGAUUUGGAUAUUAUUAAAAUAAUAUUGGAUAAUAUUGGAUCAGAGGGAGCAAUGGAAUUGGUUUUAAAAUAUAUUCCAAUCAUUACUAAUGAAUGGAUUAAAGAAACCAGAUUAAUUGGGUAUGAUUUAUUAAGAAUUGCAGUACCACGAAUAUCGUCAGAUGAAUUUCUUAAUAAUACUGAAGCACAAGAAUCAGUAUUACAUGCAUUAAAUUUUGGACUUGAUAUUGUAGAUGAAAAUUCAAUUCCUUUAUUGAUGAUGAUCUUAAAGGUAUUAAAUAAUUUGAUUGAUACAACUUUAUUCAUUCAAUUAUUUGUUGAUCCUGAAGGAAUUCAUGGAGAUCAAGAGAAGAAAUAUAAAUUCAAUGAUUAUUUUACAGCCUUAUUAACUUCUAUUACCACUAAAGUUAAUGUUAUUUCUAAAUCUGAAAAGUCAAAACUGCAUAAAUUAUAUAAUUCAACUGUUACAACCUUAGCCAGUUUGAUUUACAACUUAUCGGCUUACCAUCUUUACCUUGAUGGAUUUUUAAAUAAUCCCAAAUCUGCUAUUCCUAUUGUUAAGUUAAGUUUAUUAGUUGGAGAUAUCAUAUUAUUAUCCAAUAAUGAUGAAGCUGCUUAUAGAUUGACAGUAGGAUAUGGGAAUUAUUUAUAUGCAAAGGCCUUUACUUCGACUCCUACUUGGAUCUCUAAGAUCCAGCAGAAGUAUGCAACUCAAGAGAGAUUCAAUAAGGUAUUUAAUGAUAUAAAAACUCUUUCAUAAUAGUUAUAGAUGAAGAUAUAUAUAUAUAUAUAUAUAUAUAUAUAUAUAU